AUGGCGGCUGCCCCGGCGCCUCCUGCGCUGCUCGCGGCCCUGCUGCUCGCCCUGGCGCCGCGCUCGGCGCCCGCCCUGGAGCUGCUCGGCGCCCAGCCCACCGUGUACGCGGGGCCGCCCGGCAGCUACUUCGGCUUCGCCCUGGACUUCCACGCGGACGAGGGCAGGACGAGCGUGGCCGUGGGGGCCCCGCGCGCCAACACCUCGCAGCCCGGCGUGGCCGAGCCCGGYGCCGUCUUCCUCUGCUCGUGGCCGCCCGGCGAGACGCCCUGUCGCCUUGUCCCCAUCGACACCGAGGGGGACGAGGCGGAGAGCCGGCCCUCGCGGCAGCUGCGCACCUACAAGUCGCACCAGUGGCUGGGCGCCUCGGUCACCAGCUGGGACGGCAAGCUGGUGGUGGGUGCCGGGGGGCAGCACUGGAACGCGCUGGGCGCCGCCGGCGAGGCCUUCCGCACGCCCACGGGCGCCUGCUUCGUGGGGGGCGCCGGGCGGCCCUUCGCCCGCUACGCGCCCUGCCGAGACGACCGCCUGGCCGACACCUACCGCCACAUGCAGUACGCCCACGACAAGCGCUACUGCGAGCUGGGCUUCAGCGCGGCGGCCAGCACGGCUGGCACGCUGGUCCUGGGCGCCCCCGGCGGGUACUACUUUGCAGGCCUCCUGUACUCGGUGAGCGUGGACGCCAUCCUGUCCCGGGACGCGGGCGCGACGCUGCUGCCGCCCGCGAGCCCGGGGCGCUCCACGGAGCAGCCGGUCUCCCUCGACUACGACGACGGCUACCGCGGGUACGCGGUGGCCGUGGGCGAGCUGGACGACAACCCUGAGACCACAGAGUACGUGGUGGGGGUGCCCAACAAGAGCAACACCCGGGGCGAGGUGGAGAUCUUCAGCGCGGGGCGGAGCCUGCGGCGGCUGCAGGGCAUCGCCAGCGAGCAGGUGGCUUCCUACUUCGGGCACACGGUGGCUGUGGCGGAUGUCGACGGCGACGGGCGGGACGAUGUUCUGGUGGGCGCCCCGCUGUUCCUGGCGCGCCGCGCCGAUGGCACCCGCCACGAGCUGGGGCGCCUCUACCUCUACCUGCGCCGCGGCGCCCAGCCCUACGCCCGGCCCUGGCAGACGCUGACGGGCCCCGACCCCUACGGCCGCUUCGGCUCGGCCAUCGCCAGCCUGGGCGACCUGGACCAGGACGGCCACGCGGACGUGGCCGUGGGUGCCCCGUUCGGGGGCGACGGUGGCAGCGGGUGCGUCUUCAUCUUCCGCGGGCAGAGCGAGGGGCUGGAGCAGGCGCCCUCGCAGCGCCUCGAGAGCCCCUUCGCGGGGCCGGCCGCCUUCGGCUUCGCCCUGCGCGGCGCCUCCGACCUGGACGGCAACGGCUACCCGGAUCUGCUGGUGGGGGCGUUCGGCGCCGACAGGGUGGCUGUGUACCGGGGCCAGCCCGUGGCCGUGCUGCGCGCGCGGCUCACCCUGCCCGACGGCCUCAACCCCGAGAAGCAGGAAUGCUCCGUGCCCGGCUCCGACACCCGCCUCAACUGCUUCCCCGUCCUGCUGUGCGUGAGCGUGUCGGGCCAGCACAUCCCCCAGAGCAUCCGCCUGCGGGCCGAGCUGCAGCUGGACCGCCUGAAGCAGAGGCUGGCGCGGAGAGUCUUCCUGUGGCCGGGCGGCCAGUCCUGGUGGCUGCAGGAGCUGGCGCUGGCACCGGGGCGGCCGCUGUGCCACAACCUCACUGCCUACCUGCGGGACGAGGCCGAGUUCAAGGACAAGCUGAGCCCCAUCGCCGUGAGCCUCAACGUGACGCUGGCGGCGCCGCCGGACCCCGGCGCCCUGGGGCUGCUGCUCUACGGGGACACGCUGGUGCAGGAGCAGACACGCAUCCUGCUUGACUGCGGCGAGGACAACGUCUGCAUCCCCGACCUCCGCCUCGCCGCCGACACGCCGGGCACGCGGCUGCUCAUCGGGGCCGACAACGUGGUGCGGCUCCGCGCCAACGCCAGCAACGGCGGCGAGGGCGCCUUCGAGGCCGAGCUGCGCGUGCAGCUGCCGCCCGGCGCCCACUUCCAGAGAGCCACCAGUGACGUCCCGGGGCAGGAGAAGCUCAGUUGCAACCCCCGCAAGGAGAACAGGAGCCACGUGGUGCUCUGUGAGCUGGGCAACCCCAUGAAGGCCGGUGCCCGCAUCGCCGUGGUCAUGGAGCUGAGCGUGUCCGGCCUGGAGGAUGCCGGGGACACCGUUGCCUUCCAGCUGCAGCUGCGGAGCAAGAACAGCCACAGCCCCAACAGCGCCGUGUGCGAGGUGAAGGUGCCCGUGGAGGCCCAGGCGGCCAUGGAGCUGCGCGGGAUGUCCCUGCCGGCCACCGUGGUGCUGCCCGCGGCGUGGCAGGCGCUGGAGGGCAGUCGGCGGCCAGAGGACCAUGGCCUCAAGGUGGAACACGUCUACCAGCUCCACAACAAGGGUCCUGGCACCGUGAGCGGCGUCGCCCUGCGCCUCGCCGUGCCCAGCCACCUCCGAGGCAGCCUCGUCUUCUACCUGCUGGACCUGGGCACCGAGGGCGGCUUGAACUGCACGGAGCCGCCCGGCCUCAACCCAAUGCAGCUGGAGAUGCCCCGGCCCACGGGCGCCGCGGGCCGCAACGCCAGCCAUGGGCGGGAGCGCCGGGCGGUGGGCGAGCAGCCGCCGGCCGCCCCGCCGGAGACAGUCCACGUGGUGAGCGACGGCCCGCCCCGCUGUGUCCUGCAGAACUGCAGCGCAGAGCCGUGCGAGAGCAUCGUGUGCAGGGUGCAGAGCCUGCCCAAGGGGCAGCGGGCGCUCGUGAGUGUCCAUGCCCUGCUCUGGAUGGACACCCUCUACCAGCCCGAGCUCCUGCAGAAGCAGCUGCUCCUCCAGUCCCAUGCCUCGUUCCGCGUCUUGGCCAUGCCCUACCGCGUCCAGCCCCGCGCGCUGCCCAGCGGAGAGGCCACGGCCACCACGCUGGCCGUGCACRUGAGCCUCAGCACCGAGAAGCAGGUGCCCGUGUGGUGGGUGGUGCUGGGCGCCCUGGCCGGGCUCCUGCUCCUCGCUGUCUUCAUCUUCGUCAUGUGGAAGAUGGGCUUUUUCAAGAGGACGCGGCCACCCACAGAGGACGACAAGCAGGAGCUGACGCCAGACCAGGCCCAGGAGCCCGGCGAUGCCCAGGGCUAG